AUGUUACGCGAACACGAAAGGUUAAUGCACGCUGGUCCUCAUGCUAUACUUGCAACGGUGCGAUUAAAAUAUUGGCCACUCAAUGGGCGGAGAUGUGCGCGAAAAGUCGUAUAUCAAUGCGUAAAAUGUUUUAGGGCACGACCGAAAAAUGUGUCACCUUUAAUGGGUAAUUUACCCAAAUUUCGAGUCGAUCGGGCGAGUAGAUGUUUCGAGAAUUGUGGAGUAGAUUACGCAGGACCGUUUCUAUUGAAAUGCAGUAAUCGACGAAAUGCCGCAGCUCAAAAGGCAUAUAUAUGCGUGUUCGUAUGUUUCGCGACGAAGGCUUUACAUUUAGAACUAGUGUGUGAUUUAAGCACAGAUGCAUUUAUCGCUGCUUUAAAAAGAUUCAUAUCCCGCCGAGGUUUAUGUAAAAAUAUAUAUUCCGAUAACGCCACUUGCUUCGUAGGUGCGAACAAUAAAUUUAACGAAUUAAAACAAUUAAUGUCGGUGGACGACCACAAAAUACGGAUUAAUCAAUUUAUGACCAAUAAUGAAAUGACAUGGCAUUUCAUUCCUCCACGGGCCCCUCAUUUCGGCGGACUGUGGGAGGCGGCGGUUCACAGCAUUAAAAAACAUUUAAAUCGCAGUAUAGGAUCCGUAAAAAUGACCUACGAUGAGUUUUAUACGCUAAUAGUACAGAUUGAAGCGUGUCUAAAUUCACGACCACUUACCCCGUUAUCUACUGAUCCUUUUGAUUUAUCCGUCCUUACUCCUGGCCAUUUUUUAAUAGGAGACUCACUCUCAGCGUUGCCGGAACCAGAAAUAAAUAACUUAACCAAUAAUUUGUUGUCACGGUGGCAAAAGGUACAACACAUUACGCAUCAAAUUUGGAGACGUUGGAGCUUAGAGUAUCUAAGUCAACUCCAAGAACGUUCCAAAUGGAAUAAGCCAGAUAAUUCCGUUUUAAAAAUUGGUUCCAUGGUUUUGAUAAAAGACCAAAAUUUGCCCCCGUUACAAUGGCACCUGGGACGUGUUAGCGAAGUAUUUCCGGGCAGUGACGGCGUCGUACGAGUCGCAACGGUCAAUACUCCAAGUGGGCCGAGGAAGAGAGCGGUGAGGCUAUUAUGCCUAUUGCCAAUACAAGAUAACGAUGAAUCAAGUCAAAAAAAAAAUAAAAUGUUGUAA